AAGCGCGCGUUUUACUCAAAUUGGCAAGUGUUGGCAAGAGGCAUUUUUGCAGUGAGUUGGCAGCACUGAUUGUGCAUUUCAGAAAUUCCUAUUGUUAUUAUCAUUGUUGUGAGAGAUGAGCAUAAACUGGAUCAAAAUAACGGAGCGUGCACGGGAGGGCAUCAAAAUCAUUAAUGCUCUGCCCUACGAUACCUUCACCACGGUGCUGCUCUACGUCCACCGCCAGAUGAGUCCGGCGAGCGCUGCCGCAGCUGCUGGUGCGUCCUCAGCGGCUUCGGCUGCCGGCGGCGCUGCUAGCGCCGCCAGCGUCGCGGGCAAUGCGACGGCAGGCGGCACGGUGGGAACGAGCGUGACGACCACGGAACGAACGGGCAGCAGCAUCGAGACGAGCCACACGAGCAGCGAGCCGGAGUAUACGCUGGAGGAGCUGGAACGUUUGGUGGGCGUGCCGCGUGCCGAUUUCUUGCUGCUGAUCAAAACAUUCUCGUACAUCUUGCGUCGCAUCUCGACGUUCAUUAUCAAGCCCAGCCACCUGCAGCGCGAGCUGCGCGACAAGCUGCAGCUGCAGGACGAGGCGAAAAUCGAUGCCAUAUUGCGGCUGUGGGUGCGUCAGACGACGCCGAUGCUGAACAAUUUGGCCAGCGAGCGCUACGAGUCGAAUGUGAUAGAGGAUAUGGCAUGGAAGCUGAACGUGGAGAUUGCCUCGCACUGUCAGCAGCGCGAGAAGACGGCGCUGGCCGUGCUGCAGCUGAAGACGGGCGCCGGCGAGGACAUCAACUUUGAGAUGACGCAGCCGGAGCUGCAGCAGCUGUUCAAUCAAUUCGAGCACAUCCAAUCGGAGCUGGACGCAACGCUAGCCAACAUGAAGGGCAACGAGGGCGCGCACUAAUCGAACUGCAAUUUUUCUAAUCAAAUUCAUCAGUUCUUAUGCCUUAAUAUUAGCGCUAAUUGCUUGUAAGUUGUAUGUACGUGUAUAUAUUUAAUUGUAAACAAAUUUCUGUUAGCUCUAAUGUAGUUUAAUUCCAAAAAACAAAAAAAACAAUGUAAAAUUCAAACAGCUUUGAAAUUAAAAAACCAAAAAAAGUGCUCGAUAACGCUUGCGUAUCGAUAAGUUGUAUGCGCCGCAUCGAUAACUGUCGCGCAGUGUUGGACAUCAAUAAAAUCCGUUGCAAAUUAA